AUGGUUAGUGUGGCGAAAGUAAGGCACAAACUAUGGAACUUGCUGCAUGCGUUGUGCCACGAUCCGAAGCGUGUGGUGCGCGGUGUAGUGCUGUUUAUCUGCAGUAUCGUCGUCAUGUACCAAUUGACUGAUUGCUUCAAGAAGCUGAUCGAUCCGCCCAUUUCCACGCACUCGCGGUUUGACCUCAACGACUCCAUGCUUUAUCCUUCGAUUACGUUCUGCCGUGAACCGGCGUACAAGGUGGACGUGAUGACAAAGUACAACCUGGCGAUGCAUCCUAAAUACACAAGCGCGUUUGAUCGGUUUCCAUUCAACGAGUCCUCGCUGGAGCAACUGUUUAGCGAGGCCACCUACAACCACUCGGAAUUUUUCAUCCAGCAUGGCUUAAACGGUGCAACGAACAAUAUACGAGUAGAGGAAAGCAUGCAUCUAGACAUGGGCCGAUGCUUCACGCUGAAUCCUUUGACGACAACCAAACGCUCCUGGAAGGAAGCUGGCUAUUCGAUCAUGCUACGACAUGAUACCAACAUGUCACGUGUGAGUGUCGGAGACACACCUCCUGGUUGGCAUGUCUUUAUUCAUGACGAAAACGAAGGCUUUGCGGAGAACCGCAUGCAGUCGUCCGGUCGCGUUGAGUAUCUGUUCCUUGAAGUCAACGAAGAAAUGGAAAUUCGUUUGUCGACGCAACAUUUCUUUAUGCUUGCCAGCUAUGAGAAUGAAUGUGUCGAAUUUUCUUCCGAAAGCUCUACCCGGUGCGGAGAAAUUUGCCAUUGGAGUGCUGUGGUGGAUUAUGUUGGAUGUUCCGGUCCUUGGAUGCCGGGACUAGAAGCGCCACACUGUGACAAUGCUGACAGUACAAAGCAACUGAUAAAGCAUUACCGUCAGCUAGAGGAUAUGGAUGGAACGCAGUGCGGUUGUUUUCAACCGUGCACUACCACGAUCUACACAGCAUCCGUGAUGAAUCGCAAACCCUUUUACAUCAGCGUUCCAGCGGCACAGCUUUGGGUAUAUUACACUUCCAAAAUGGUCACUAUUGUAGAGGAGUUUCAUGGAUAUGAUUUCAACCAAUUUGUUUCUGAUCUCGGUGGAUCGCUUGGAUUUUUACUCGGACUGUCAGUACUUGGUCUAAUUGGUCUACUGGAAAAAAUUGUAGAGCUGGUCUUCAUUCGCCGUCUGAUUGCGGAAAAACGCAAAAAACAAACCACAAAAGAAGAAGUGGCCAAAAAAACAAUGGAACCCAAUUGUCUGGAGAGUGAGAUAAACUCACACUCAAAUCUCGACGAGCCGAAGCAACUCGAUAUUGUGGCACCUUCAAAACAACAAAACCAAACAUGA